UGCUGCAGCUGGACUGUUGCCUGCAGUCGAGUGGCUAACUGAAGGUGUUUCACUGUCCGGAUAAGCACCUCUUCAUUAGACAGAUGAGAAAAAGAAAAGCUGCCUUUUCCAGUCACACAAUAAAAUGAAGGGAAGUGUCUGGCUAUCCAGAAGUGAACAUACAUGUAAAUAAACCGACCUGCACAAAUGGAAUAUAAAUGUCAAUAAACUGACCUCAGAAGAGACGAGUAAUGACCAGCGAUGUGUGAGGAGCUGUGCAGAUCAGGAGUUGUGCUGUUGCUUGUGUGCUGCUGUUGUCCACUUUAAACUUUAAAUGAACUGCACAAGGGUAGAACCAGAAAAGGGCUCCAGCUUUUACAAACUGUAACUAUAACCAGCUCAACAGUAGGCUAAUAGCCAGCUUGAGUGAAGAACACAGUUUAUGUUCAGCGUGAUUUGAGGGGUACAUUUUGUAUAAGGUUGGCUAACAAAGUCCUUUCAACUUGAAGGUCACCCAUCUGCAACGUUAGAGACUGCUUGUAUCUAUAACUGUUGUUCCUUGGUAAAGACCAUAUAGUUCUUUGAGAGGUAAGGGCAAAAACUUGGGAAGCCAAAAGUCCAGUCCUGACACUGUUGGAAUUGGGCAUUCUUUUGUUUCUAAUAAUUGGAAGUGUUAGCUGUACUCCGUAAAGACUAACUUACUCGGCAUCUUUGGGGUCAUAUCCUUUGUCAGUGGGAGGAACUGAAGUAGUGUGCUGAGGGAAGGUCCCCUGUAAAGGGAACUGCAACAUUUAGGUGCGAGUAACCCUUGGGAGAAUCUGACAAAACACAGGACUCUUUUUUUCCAUGUAUGCUAUGGAGAGCGAUAUAAAUAUGAACAUUAAAGAAGAAAACUGUGAAUGGGAAUCUGUGCAACAGCAGAUGACAAGUUAUGAGCAUGAGGAUGAGGAGGAUUAUAAAUUGAGUCUCAUAAUCAUUAAAGAAGAGCCCGACCCAGCAUCUGAUACAAGAGAUUUGCAAAAAAACGCAAUUCUAAGCCAUAUCAAGACAGAAAAUAUUAAAUCAGAGUCUGUCUCUCAGCAUCUGAGUCCAGAUGAAGGGGUAACUGGAACAGACAUCACGGAAAGUAGAUCUCGCUCCUUCCAGAAUCAUUCUGUCCAAGUGAAGACCGAACCUUUAGACUCUACCAUGAGGGAGACUGAGAAUGCAGCAUGUUCAGCGUAUUCAGGAAAAGAUUUACAAGAAAGUGAUACCAUCGCCCCAUCUCCAUUUCCUGACACCUCUCUUCAUUGUAGACCACAGCAAAAUGAAAACAUGAAAACACUGACAUCUGGAUCAGAGAUUUUGUUGCCUGCUUCAUUGGCAUGUAGUUCUGUGUCUGGUGUGAAAUUAACAACGGUAAACGUAAUCAGCACUCAACAACAGGAGUAUGAUACAAAUUCGGCAGGUGUGUAUGCCUACCAUGAACAGAGGAAUUCUUUUAAACUAAAAUCAAUAUCCAGACCUAACUGGGUUCAAACACGACAGAAGCCAAACUGUUCUGAGUGUGGGAAACAUUUUUAUAGUAGGAGCAGCCUUCAGAGACAUAAAAGAAUACACACUGGAGAGAAGCCAUAUUGCUGUUAUGAGUGUGGGAAACAAUUCGCCACAAGUAGUCAUCUUCAGAUCCACACAAGGAUUCACACUGGAGAGAAGCCAUAUAGCUGUUUGGAAUGUGGGAAACAAUUCACCACCAAAAGAAGUCUUCAGACUCAUUCAAGAAAACACACUGGAGAGAAGCCAUAUUGCUGUUCUGAAUGUGGCAAGCGAUUCUUUGAAAGUAGCCAUCUUCAAAUCCACACAAGAAUUCACUCUGUGGAAAAGCCAUAUUCCUGUUCUGAAUGUGGCAAACAGUUCACCAUCAGGAGAACUCUUCAGAUCCAUUCAAGAAAGCACACUGGAGAGAAGCCAUAUUGUUGUUUAGAAUGUGGCAAGCGAUUCUCAAGGAGUAGUACUCUUCAGAUCCAUUCAAGAAUGCAUACUGGAGAGAAACCAUAUUGCUGUUCAGAGUGUGGUAAACGAUUCUCUGCUAAUAGCAGUUUUCAGAGACAUAAAAGAAUUCACAGUGGAGUGAGGCCAUAUUGCUGUUCUGAAUGUGGCAAACAAUUUUCUGACAAAAGCAAUCUUCAGAGCCACACAAGAAUUCACACCGGAGAGCGGCCAUAUUGCUGUUCAGAAUGUGGUAAACAAUUCUCUGACAAAGGCAGUUUUCAAACUCAUAUAAGAAUUCACAGAGGAGAGAUGCCAUAUUGCUGUUCUGAAUGUGGCAAAGGAUUUCCCACCAAUGGCAAGCUUCAGAUUCAUUCAAGAGUACACACUGGGGAGAAGCCAUAUUGCUGUCCUGACUGUGGGAAACGAUUCUUUACCAACAGCUAUCUUCAGAUGCACUCAAGAAAUCACAGUGAACAAAAGCCGUAUUGUUGCUCUCACUGUAGCAAACAAUUCACACGAAGAUGCCAUCUUUUGGUCCACAUACGAAUUCACAGUGGAGAGAAGCCAUAUUGCUGUUCUGAUUGUGGGAAACGAUUUUCCACUAUUAGCAAUCUUAAUACCCACACAAGAAUUCACACUGGAGAGAAGCCAUAUUGUUGUUCUGAAUGUGGCAAACGAUUUUCACAAAGAGGCCAACUUCAGGUUCACACAAGAAUUCACAAUGGAUAGAAGCCAUAUAGCUGUUCUGAUUGUGACCAGAUCUCAUCUUGGCAACAUUGGGCGUUGGACCAGCCACUGGCCUCACAGGACCCCCCACUCUCACAGAGUCAAAUGUUCACGAGUAACAUGGAGAAAAGACAUGUGAACAUUAAGGAAGAGAACUGUGGGUGGGAAUGUGUGCAGGAGGGCACCAGUAUUAAAAAGGAGGAGGAGGAGGAUUGUGAAUGGAUGCCAAUAAGCUAUCAAGAAGACUGUGAGCCAACAGCUGAUAAAACUGAGCUGGAGAAAAAUAACACCGUGAACAGCGUGGAUGAAGAAAACCUUAAAUCGGAGUCUCAGCGUGUUUUUCCAUAUGAUGAGGAGGUAACUGGAAAAAGCCUCCGGUCAAGCAGUCACUGCUCCCCACAGCAUCACUCUGUCCAUAUCAAGUCUGAAUCUGUGGAGUCUGAUGUGAAGUUGAAUGAGAAAGCAUCUUGUUCAAGACUUUCGGGAGAAGACUUACAAGAAAGUGGUACCUUAUCUUCAUUUCCUCAGACCUCUCAUCAGUGUGGAACACAGCAGACACAGGAAAAAGAAAAUUGGAAGAUAUUGCCAUCUAGAUCAGAGAUUUCAACACCAAACACUGUGCAUGGUCAUUCUCUGCCUGUUGUGAAACUAACAAGAAUACAUGAAAUUACCACAGGACAACAACAGAUGCACAAUACAAAUACAGCUGUUUCAUCUGUCUGCCAAGGGCAGAAUUUUAAACGAAAAUACAAUACAAAAAAGAAGACUUAUUGCUGUCCUGAAUGUGGGAAACAAUUUUCUAAGAGUAGCUAUCUUUAUAUUCAUACAAGAAUUCACACUGGAGAGAAGCCGUAUUGCUGUCCCGAAUGUGGGAAAAGGUUCUCUACUAGUAGUAAUUUUCAUAAACACAAACAAAUUCACACUGGAGAGAAGCCAUAUUCCUGUUCUGAAUGUGGUAAACGAUUCCUGCAAAUUGGCCAUCUUCAGAGACACAAAAGAAUUCACACUGGUGAGAAGCCAUAUUGCUGUUCUGAAUGCCCCAAGCGUUUCUUCACGAGUAGUGAUCUUCAAAAACACACAGGAAUCCACACGGGAGACACUCCAUAUUGCUGUUCAGAAUGUGGGAAACGAUUCUUGCAGCACAGUAAACUUCAAACUCACGUAAGAAUUCACACGGGAGAGAAGCCAUAUUGCUGCUCUGAAUGUGGCCGGCGAUUUUUGCAAAUGGGCCAUCUUCAGACUCACACAAAAAUUCACACUGGGGAGAAACCGUAUUGUUGUUCUGAAUGUGGGAAGCGAUACUCCACCAAUAGUCGCCUUCAAAUACACACACGCGCUCACACUGGAGAGAAGCCAUACUGCUGUUCUGAGUGUGGCAAACGAUUCUUUCGCAGUAGCCAUCUUCGAACACAUACAAGAAUUCACACCGGAGAAAAGCCAUAUUCCUGUUCUGAAUGUGGUAAACGAUUCUUACAACUGACCCAUCUUCAGACCCACACAAGGAUUCACACUGGUGAGAAGCCAUACAGCUGUACUGAAUGUGGCAAGCGAUUUGCCAUCAGUAGUCAACUUCAGAUUCAUUCCAGAAUUCACACUGGAGAGAAGCCGUACUGCUGUUCUGAAUGUGGGAAACAAUUUUCACGCAGUAGCCAUCUUCAGAUUCACACAAGAAUCCACACUGGAGAAAAGCCAUACAGCUGUUCUGAGUGUGGCAAACGGUUCACGACCACUGGUGGUCUCCGUGUCCAUGGAAGAAGUCAUACUGGAGAAAAGCCGUAUCACUGUUCUGAAUGUGGCAAACAGUUUUCUACCACUAGCAAUCUUCACAAACAUACCAAAAUAUGUAGUGGGAAAUCUACUGAAAGUGGAAUAAUAUAACUAAUUGUGCCCUCUGUUUAUUUUUUUUAUCAGCACAAUUUAUCAAAAGCAACUUCCAGGCCUACCUUGAUGUUCUGUUAAUUACCAUCACCAUGUAUGAGCUGCAAAAAGACUUAUUACUAUAGAAAAUGUACAGUUGAAGUCAGAAAUGUACAUACACUUAGGCUGAAUUCUUUAAAACUCACUUUAUCACCCCUUCACAGAUUUUAUACUAUCAAACUAUAAAUUUGCAAUAUCAUUUAACACAUGCAGAGCAAAAGUAAUUGUUUUCCAACAAUGUUCACAGACCUCCGAGUAUUUCACUUUUUAUUGACCAUAUCACUGUUCCAGUAGGUCGCAACUUUGUGAUAUUUGGUAGCAUUGCCUUUAAAUUGUUUAACUUGAGCCAAACAUUUUAGGCCGCCUUCCACAAACUUCUUACAAUAAGUUGCUGGAAUGUUGGCCCAUUUCUACAAGCAGAGCUGGUGUCCAAUACCUUGACCUUGACCUUGUUGUCAUUAAAACAUUUUAUCACAACUUUGGAGGUCUGCUUGGGGUCAUUGUUCAUUUGGAAAGAGCAUUUGUGACUGAGCUUCAACUUCCUCACUGAGCUCUUUGAGAUGUUGCUGCAGUACAUCUCAGUCAUUUUCAUUCCUUAUGAUGCCAUCUGAGGUCCCCCCUGCAUCAUAGCACUCCUACAACAUGAUGCUCCCACCGCCAUGCUUGAUGCUUGGGAUGGUGGUGUUUGGCUUGCAAGCCUCGCCCUUUUUCCUCCAAACAUAAUGAUGGUCAUUAUGGCUAAACAGUUCAUCCUUGGAUUCAUCAGACUAGAGGACAUUUCUCCAGAAGGUAAGAUCUUUGUCUCCCUGUCUGUCUUUUAUCGCGGCUUUGAUGCAGUGGCUUCUUCUUUGAUGAACGGCCUUUCAGGUCAUGUCGAGAUAAGAUUGGUUUUACUGUGGAUUGAGAUAUUUGUCUACCUGUUUCUUCCAGCAUGUCCGCAAGGUUCUUUUCUGUUGUUCUGGGAUUGAUUUGCACUUUUCACACCAAACUGCCGUUCUUCUCUAGGAGACAGAAUGCAUCUCCUUCUUGAGUGAUAUGAUGACUGUGUAUGCCCAAGGUGUUUAUACUUGUGUAUUAUUGUUUGUACAGAUGAAUGUGGAACUAUCAGGUAGUUUGGAAAUUGAUCCCAAAGAUGAACCAGAUUCGUGGAAGUCUGUGAACCUUGUUGGAAAAAAGUUACUUUACCCCUGCACAAAGUAAACGUCUUAAACGAUAUGCCAGCUUUCUCAUUUGUUAGUAUAAAAUCUGUGGAGUGGAGUAUAAAGUGAAUUUUAAAGAAUUUAAGAAUUCACCCCAAGUGUAUGGAAACUUGUGUAGAUACUGCACAGAACCCUUGCAGUAAAUAUAAUAUUAUGUACAUGUGACAAUAAUGAUCCACUACACCUAUAUAAUAAGACAUAAGAGUAUCAUGGCUGAUGAGUGAGGUUCAUACCUGUCAUGAUGUUAACAAUGUGAUUAGCUGAGCCCAGUUCCUUAAUAAAGCUUAAAGGACAACAGAGAAUAAGUUGAUAACCUCUCAGCAGUUGUUAAUAUGCUGGCUACUUUCCAAA